CUGUGUUAACAACAGCAAACAAACACCCGGGCCCCUUCGAUGGAGCAGGCCUCCACCAGCGCCGAGGCAGCCGCUGCAGCCGGUGGGCCGGAUCCACGUCUGGAACUGAUGGGUUCGUUUGUCAUCAAAUCGCUUAAGCUGAAGCCAGAGAAAUGGACUCGUGUCAUCACGGUGGAGGAGCACAAAGGCAUAAUAAAAGAGUUUUUGGAUCGCAGCAUACCUGUCGUACUGAUUAUCAUACUCACGCCCGCUGCGCAGCUGGUGCCCUCCACUACCUUUCCCCUGUCGCAGCUAAAGAGCAAAGGUGUCUACUUUAUCAAGCGCUAUGCCAAGCCGAUUCCACGUGAGAAUUGUGGUAACUUUAUCAUCUUUGGCGACCUGGCCACGCGUACAAUUGACCAGCUGUCCGCACUGGUCGAGGAGGUGCUUGUGCCACUGCUCUCCAAUGAGGACAACUAUAGGAGCUGGCCCAUUAUGGUCGCUCAGGAUGUGCAGAAGCAUGUUCACAGUUUGAAGAGCACGGUGCAUCAGGUCAAGGGUCAGGUUAGCGGUGAAACCAUCUUGGCCAUGCCCGUGGGCGUUGAGAAAAUAGUUAAGGCCGCCAAAGAACUGACCGAAACACAACAAUGCCAGUUCGACCUGUAUCUGAAGAGUGCCAUCGAGGGCGUGGUCAUUAAGUGGGCCACACAGAUACACGAGGUCAUCAAGGAGAGUCCAACGAAUGCCUUUGCCAAUGGACAAAAUCCCACACCGCACACGGAAUUUACAUUUUGGAAUAAUCGGCUCAAGAAUCUAUCCUUUAUCUAUGACCAAUUGCGCAACGAGCGUAUACGAGCCAUGGCCCUAAUACUGGAGUACUCGUUGAGUGCCUAUCAUCCGUGCUUUCAGACACUGUUCAAAAACGUGGUUACGGCACUUGCCGAGGCAAAGGAUAUAACGCUCUAUUUGAACCCAUUGAAGCGCCCGCUGCACCAAAUGGAGGAAAUCGAUUUCGCGGAGUACAAGCCCCUGCUCAUACCCUUUAUGCAUACGGUGUGCACGCUAUGGGGCAAUUCGCGCUACUAUUGUCAGUCGGCGAAAAUAACGGUGCUAUUGCAGGAGAUAUGCAAUUUGAUUAUACAUCAGGCUAAACGUUAUUUGGAUCCCUCGUCUAUAUUUCAUAGCGAUAUAGAUGAGGCCAUGCAGCGCCUGACACUCUCCAUACAAAUCCUAAAGUUCUUUCGGGAACUUUUUGACUUCUAUAAGGAACGUUUGGCGGUCUUCUUUACGGAACCCGAAGAACGGCCACCGAUUUUGUGGACUUUUCAUCCAAAUUCAGUGUUCAAACGCUUUAAUGCUUUCCUCGAGCGUUUAACAACAAUUCAGUGGUUCUUUUUCACUGUGAUUGAAUUCCUGAAAUUAGAGAAAGUCGAAAUCGGUGGACUGCGUGGACGCCAGCUGAGCACUAGGAUAACCGAUGUCUACGUGGAGUUCAAUCAAUAUUUUACGGCAUUUGCUUCGAAAAGUUAUGAUGUACUCGAUCCGGAUGAUCAUGAGUUCGAUGAGGAUUUUAAGGGCUUUCAAACGCGCAUUCUGGAACUGGACAUGAAGCUGGCUGCCAUAUUGUGUCAGGCAUUCGAUGAUUGCCAUAAUUUAGAGAGCAUUUUCAAGCUAAUCAGCAUAGUGGGCAGCGUCUUGGAUCGUCCCAAAAUCAAGGAGGAAUUUACCCAACGCUAUGCGGAAAUUGUGCGCAUGCUCGACGAAGAAAUGACAGUCUGUGAGAAUAUUUAUGACAAGCAAAUGGAGUUAAUUCGCGUUGGCGAUACCCUCUAUCCCGACUACAAUUGUCCCUCCGUGGCAGCCUUUAUACGCUGGUGCUAUCAGCUGGAGACGCGUAUAACAGCGCCCGUGAAAAACUUCAAGGCGCUGCAGCAUGACAUAACCAAUAGCGAAAAAUCGUUGGAAAUUGUGGAACGCUAUGAGUGUUUGAUGGCCAAGUUGGGUGCCUGCAAGACCCGAUUCUUUGAUGACUGGUCCGUGCAGCUGGCGGCACAAAUUGAGGAGGAUCUUAGGAGGUCGCUUAUAGCACGCGAUCAGCAGAGUAAUUCGCUGAUCCUCAACUUUAGUUCGACACUCUUCUCCAUUCUGCGCGAGGUGCACUAUAUGCAACAAAUGAAAAUUGAUGGCAUACCCGAGAUAGCCAUUGAGUUUGCGGAGAAGAGCGAUAUUUUUCGUUCGUAUACAUUGAAUCUGGAGAAGACAAUCGAUUGGUACAACAGCAUACAGGAAGGCAGCUCAUCGGUGGAACUCAAACUGAUUGAGCCCGAGAUAAAAAUGAUUGAUGAUCUGGUUGAAAUUGGUGUUGAGCAUCUUGUCUGGAAUUCAGCAGACAUCAUGAGCUAUCUGGAGAAGCUGCGUCAGCCUGUCGCUGCCCUGCGCAAUCGCAUGAACCACACCCAGGAGAAUCUGCGACAGAUUCGCAAAAUUAUGGAGGUUUGGGCCAAGCAGCCGCUUUUCGAACGUCGCGAUUGCAAAAAGGAUUCGGUACUGUCCAUAGAUGAGCGACCGGAUCGCACGGCCAAGCGUUAUGCUGAGAUCCAGGCAGCGUCUGUGGAGAUACAUAAACUACUCCAGGAUAAUAUGCUGCAGUUUGAUAUGUCGGAAAAGCAGAGCGAUGCCGUCUGGCUGAGCUAUGUGGACUUUGUGGAUAACAUUGUGUACGAGAAUAUUCUUCGCACAGUGGGCGUUAGUGUGGGCUAUCUGGCGGAGAAUAUGGAUCCUGACAAUAACUAUGCGCCACUUUUUGAGUCACGUCUGGAGCUGGUUGAACCGAAUUUAGUAUUUGUGCCCUCGCUCGAACCCGAAGAUCCAAUGGGCUUCAAUAAUAUGCUCAUCGAACUCAUGCGUGAUAUCAUGAAAAUGGGCUCACUUAUAAAGCGUCUAAAGCCGAACGAGAAACGCAACUAUGUGGAGCUGAUCAAGGAGAAUCAGGACAUUAUCGAUAUGCGUCGCGAGAUACUCAAUGGCGUUGAUUUGGUCAUGGAAGAGGCGUCGCGUUUUUGCCGACAAUUCGAGCGCUAUUCGUAUCUCUGGCUGGAUGAUCGUGAGGAGUGCAUGGAGUACUUUUUGGAAUAUGGACGCAUUUUGGAUCCAGAUGAAAUCGAACUAUUGCAAAUGAAUGAUCCGGCUGCGCCGCCGCCACCGAAACCAUGUCAGCCAACGAUUGAGGCCUUUCGGGAGCAAAUAGACAACUACGAAUCGCUUUUUAGCGAGAUCGAGGACAUACCUGCAUUUCAGGUAUUCAGCUCCUGGUUUCAAGUGGACGUGCGACCCUUUCGACAGGCGCUGCUAAACACUGUCUGCAAGUGGGGAAACAUGUUCAAGAUGCAUCUGGUGACCACGGUCACGUCCAGUCUCAUGGAUCUCAGUCAGUUCAUACGCAAGGCCGAUGAGGGUCUGCUCCAAACGGUGAAGGAGAAGGAUUAUGAGGGUCUGGUUAGCAUUAUGGCCUAUCUGAUGCAGGUCAAGGAGCGUGCCGCCAAUACGGAUGAAAUGUUUGAGCCGCUGCAGGAGACCAUACAGCUGCUGAAAUACUACGACAUGGAUAUACCCGAGGAGGUGAAUGUUCUGCUGCAGGAGCUGCCCGAACAGUGGGCCAACACCAAGAAGAUAGCCACAACUGUCAAACAGCAGGUGUCUCCACUGCAAGCCACCGAGGUGGUCAGCAUCAGGAAUAAGAUAACGCUCUUCGAGGCGCACAUCCAGCUAUUCCGGGAGGUGUUCAAGCAAUACGAUUUCUUUCGCUUCGACUGUUACAAGCCAUAUUUGCUAAUGGAUCGCAUCAAUGAUGACAUGUUUCUCUGCGAGCGGGAAAUGGGCGAGAUACAAAAAUCGGGCAGUCUCUUCGAAGUGAAUAUACCGGAAUUUAAGGUGCUCAAACAAUGCCGCAAGGAGCUGCGCAUGCUCAAGCAACUCUGGGAUUAUGUGAAUAUUGUGCAAACGAGCAUUGAGGAUUGGAAGACAACGCCCUGGCGUAAAGUCGAUGUGGAGAAUAUGGAUAUUGAGUGCAAAAAAUUUGCAAAGGAUAUUCGAUUAUUGGACAAGGAAAUGCGCGUCUGGGAUACAUUUAUAAAUCUCGAGUCGACGGUGAAGAAUAUGUUAACCUCGCUCCGUGCCGUUGGAGAACUACAAAAUCCAGCGAUACGCGAGCGUCACUGGAAUCAGCUGAUGAACUCGACCAAGGUGAAAUUCAUAAUGGAUCAUGAGACAACACUUGCCGAGCUGUUGGGCUUAAAUCUGCACGAAUGCGAGGAGGAGGUGAAGAAUAUUGUGGAUAAAGCUGUUAAGGAAAUGUCGAUGGAGAAGAUAUUGAGAGAUCUGAAUUCGACAUGGUCGGCCAUGGAAUUCGAUAAUGAGCUGCAUCCGCGCACUGGCUGUAAACUCCUUAAGGCAUCGGAAGAACUCAUAGAGACGCUCGAGGAGAAUCAGGUGUGCCUACAAAAUUUAAUAACAUCCAAGUACAUCGCCCAUUUCCUGGAUGAAGUUUCAACUUGGCAAAAUAAAUUAAUGAUUGCCGAUCAAGUGAUAACCGUUUGGUUUGAGGUGCAACGCACUUGGACCCAUCUUGAGAGUAUCUUCAUGAGUUCGGAAGAUAUACGCAAACAGCUGCCGGUCGAUUCGGUACGUUUCGAUAAUAUCGAUGCCGAAUUUCGUAUACUGAUGGAUGAGAUGUCGCUCUCAUCAAAUGUGGUGGCAUCAACGAAUCGAGCUGGCCUGAUCGAACGUCUCGAGCAUUUGCAAAAGGAGCUAACGCUAUGCGAAAAGGCGCUGGCAGAGUAUUUGGAAACAAAACGUUUGGCUUUUCCUCGUUUCUAUUUUGUAUCAUCGGCCGAUCUACUCGAUGUCCUUAGCAAUGGCAUUCAGCCCGAUAUGGUCACCAAACAUCUGACCAAACUAUUCGAUUCGAUUGCACGGCUCAAGUUCAAUCGCGAUGCGGCCAAUGAAAUAGAGACAGCUUCUGGCAUGUAUGCCAAGGAUGGUGAAUAUGUGGAGUUCAAUGAGUUGGCCAGCAUUCGUGGCCCGGUUGAGGUGUGGCUGAAUCGUAUACAAGCGGCAAUGCGUGCCUCGCUCCGACAUUAUAUAACGGAAGCUGUUGUCGCUUAUGAGGAAAAGCAGCGUGAACAAUGGUUAUUCGAUUAUCCUGCCCAGGUAUCGCUAUGCGGCUCACAGAUCUGGUGGUCCACCGAGGUGAACAUCGCGUUUAGCCGCCUGGAGGAGGGCUAUGAUAAUGCCAUCAAGGAUUAUUAUAAAAAACAAAUCUCACAACUCAGUUUACUCAUAACACUGCUGCUCGGCGAGCUGACCAAGGGGGAUCGUCAGAAAAUCAUGACGAUAUGCACCAUUGAUGUGCAUUCAAGAGAUGUGGUCGCUAAGAUGAUUCAGGCCAAAUUGGAUUCAGGCUCGGCUUUUAUGUGGCAAUCGCAGUUGCGGCAUCGUUUCGAUGAUGUCGAAAAGGAUUGCUUUGCCAAUAUUUGCGAUGCUGAGUUCCAGUAUUGUCACGAAUACUUAGGCAAUACACCACGCCUGGUCAUCACGCCGCUCACAGAUCGCUGCUACAUAACACUCACACAGAGCUUGCACUUGGUAAUGGGCGGCGGCCCAGCCGGCCCGGCCGGUACAGGUAAAACGGAGACAACCAAAGAUCUUGGACGCGCCAUUGGCAUCAUGGUCUAUGUAUUUAACUGCUCCGAGCAGAUGGACUAUCAAUCCUGUGGCAAUAUUUACAAGGGUCUUGCCCAAACUGGCGCCUGGGGUUGUUUUGAUGAGUUCAAUAGGAUUACGGUGGAGGUGCUCUCCGUUGUCGCAGUCCAGGUGAAGUCCGUACAGGAUGCGAUACGUGACAAAAAGGAUAAGUUCAAUUUUAUGGGCGAGAUUAUUAGCUGUGUGCCCACGGUGGGCAUAUUUAUAACCAUGAAUCCCGGCUAUGCCGGACGCACAGAGCUGCCGGAGAAUCUGAAAGCACUGUUUCGACCCUGCGCCAUGGUCGUACCGGAUUUCGAGCUCAUCUGCGAGAUUAUGCUGGUCGCCGAGGGAUUUCAGGAUGCGCGCGUCCUGGCGCGUAAAUUCAUCACGCUCUACACGCUCUGCAAGGAGCUGCUCUCCAAGCAGGAUCACUACGAUUGGGGCUUGCGUGCCAUCAAAUCGGUGCUGGUGGUGGCCGGUUCGCUUAAGCGCGGCGAUCCCGGCCGGCCGGAGGAGGAGGUGCUGAUGCGCGCCCUGCGCGAUUUUAAUAUACCGAAAAUCGUAACAGACGAUAUGCCCGUGUUCAUGGGGCUCAUCAGCGAUCUGUUUCCCGCUUUGGAUGUGCCACGCAAACGUGAUCAGGACUUUGAACGCACCGUAAAACAAGCUGCCUCCGAUUUGCUACUACAACCGGAAGAUAAUUUUAUAUUAAAAGUAGUACAACUGGAGGAACUGUUGGAGGUACGUCAUUCUGUAUUCAUUGUUGGCAAUGCGGGCACUGGGAAAACCCAAGUGUGGAAGACGCUGCUGCGCACCUAUCAGAACAUUAAACGGAAGCCCAUAUUCAAUGACUUGAAUCCGAAAGCGGUGACCAAUGAUGAACUUUUCGGCAUCAUCAACCCGGCGACACGCGAAUGGAAGGAUGGUCUGUUCUCAGUUCUAAUGCGGGAUCAGGCAAACAUAACGGCUGAUCAACCCAAAUGGAUUGUGCUCGAUGGUGAUAUCGAUCCCAUGUGGAUCGAGAGCUUAAAUACCGUUAUGGAUGAUAACAAAGUCCUGACUUUGGCCAGCAAUGAGCGCAUUGCGUUGACACCUUCGAUGCGUUUGCUCUUUGAGAUCUCCAAUCUGAGAACAGCGACACCGGCGACCGUAUCCAGAGCUGGCAUCUUGUAUAUAAAUCCACAGGACUUGGGUUGGAAUCCCUAUGUGACCAGUUGGGUUGAAACGCGCAAAAUUCCAGCCGAAAAGUCCAAUUUGGUCAUGUUAUUCGAUAAGUACAUACCGCCCUCAUUGGAGACGAUACGCGUGCGAUUUAAAAAGAUCACGCCUGUCGCUGAAAUGGCUCACAUACAAAUGCUGUGCCAUCUACUAAACUGUUUUCUAAUCCCAGCGAAUACGCCGGCCGAUUGUCCAAAAGAGUGGCACGAGCUGUAUUUUGUUUUUGCCUGCAUUUGGGCAUUCGGUUCGGCCAUGUUCCAGGAUCAAGCCAUUGACUAUCGCGUGGAGUUCAGCAAAUGGUGGGUAAAUGAGUUCAAAACUGUUAAGUUUCCAGCGGGUGGAACAGUUUUCGAUUACUUUUUGGAUAGCGAGACGAAAACUUUUAUGCCCUGGACCGAGAAGAUAACGAAGUUUGAGCUGGAUUCAGAUUUGCCAUUGCAAGCUGUGCUCGUGCACACCUCCGAGUCAAUACGAUUGCGUUAUUUUCUGGAUCUACUGAUGGAUAAGAAGCACCCGGUGAUGCUGGUGGGCAAUGCCGGUUGCGGCAAGACCGUACUGGUCAAUGAGAAGCUUCAAUCGCUAUCUGAGAAUUACGCUGUCACCACAAUACCAUUCAAUUUCUAUACCACGUCCGAAAUGUUGCAAAAGAUACUCGAGAAACCGCUGGAGAAGAAAGCGGGUCGCAACUACGGACCGCCUGGCAACAAGACCUUGAUCUACUUUGUUGACGACAUCAAUAUGCCCGAGGUGGACUGCUAUGGAACGGUUCAGCCGCACACGCUAAUGCGACAGCAUCUGGAUUACGGGCAUUGGUACGAUCGCAAUAAGCUGACCCUCAAGGAUAUACACAAUUGCCAGUAUGUCGCCUGCAUGAAUCCCACCUCGGGCAGCUUCACCAUCAAUCCGCGUCUGCAGCGACACUUCUGCGUGCUGGCCGUCAGCUUUCCCGGCGCCGACUCCAUCACGCACAUGUACUCGGCGAUAUUAUCGCAACAUUUUGCCAAUGCCGAGCAAAAGUUUAUGCCCAUCGUUACACGGAUGACGCCCAACAUUGUGGCGGCAACAAUUGCGCUGCACAACAAGUGUCUGCAGGUGUUUCUACCUACGGCCAUCAAAUCUCACUAUAUCUUCAAUCUGAGAGAUAUCAGCAAUGUUUUUCAAGGUCUCCUAUUUAGCUCGACGGACUGUUUAACGAGCUCCACAGAUCUUAUACGCUUGUGGCAACAUGAGACACAGCGUGUGUACUCGGAUAAGCUGAUCGAUGAUAAGGAUAUUGAUAGCUUUACCAAAAUGCAGCAUGACAUUGUCAAGAAGUCGUUCGAAGAAAUUGACGAAUCCGUGAUAUUCGACAAGCCGAAUAUUUACUGUCAUUUCGCUGGAGGAAUUGGUGAUCCUAAGUACAUGCCCAUCAAGGGUUGGCCUGAGCUUCACAAACUCCUUCAGGAAGCAAUGUCAUCGUAUAAUGAUCUGGUCGCUGCCAUGAAUCUGGUGUUAUUCGAAGAUGCGAUGAUGCAUGUGUGCAGAAUUAAUCGCAUAUUAGAAUCGCCGCGUGGCAGCGCUCUAUUGGUUGGUGUUGGUGGCAGUGGCAAACAAUCUCUAGCGCGAUUGGCAGCAUUCAUAUCCAGCUUGGAGGUCGUGCAGAUACAGCUGAAGAAGGGCUAUGGGGUCAACGAUUUAAAGAGCGAGUUUUCCGGUUUGUAUUUGAAGGCUGGCUUGAAAAACGUUAGCAUCAUGUUCUUAAUGACGGAUGCCCAGAUACCUAGCGAGGAUUUUCUUGUCUUAAUCAACGAUUUGUUAGCCACUGGCGAGAUUCCAGAUCUAUUUCCGGAUGACGAAAUCGAGAAUAUAAUCGCUGGUGUGCGUAAUGAGGUCAAAGGUGCGGGACUGGUUGAUACACGUGAAAACUGCUGGAAAUUCUUCAUCGAUCGUGUGCGCAAACAAUUGAAGAUAGUUCUGUGUUUUUCACCAGUGGGCUCAACAUUGCGUGUUCGGUCGAGAAAAUUCCCGGCCAUCAUCAAUGCAACAUCCAUCAAUUGGUUCCACGAAUGGCCUCAGGAGGCACUCAUAUCGGUUGCCAUGAAUUUUCUGGCACAAAACAAAGUGCUGCCAGAUAAUCAUCGCGACUCUGUGGCCAAGUUCAUGGCCUAUGUACACACGUCGGUCAAUUCGACGUCCAAGGUUUAUUUACAGAACGAACGUCGAUAUAACUAUACCACACCCAAGAGCUAUCUCGAGCAGAUUAAUCUCUAUCUGAAGCUACUCAAUCACAAGCACAACGAUUUACAGAGCAAGAUCGAGCGUCUGGAGAAUGGACUGGAGAAGCUGCGCUCCACGGCGGUGCAGGUGGCGGAUCUGAAGGUCAAACUGGCCGUGCAGGAGGUGGAGCUAAAAGAGAAGAACGAUGCAGCCGAUGCUUUGAUCGAAAUUGUUGGCAUUGAAACGGAAAAAGUGCAAACGGAAAAAGCCGUCGCCGAUGAGGAGGAAAUGAAGGUUGCUUUGAUAGCCGACGAAGUAAGCAAAAAGCAGCGCGAUUGCGAGGAGGAUUUGCUCAAAGCUGAGCCCGCCCUAUCGGCCGCCCAAGAGGCGCUGAACACACUGAACAAGGCCAACUUGACGGAACUGAAGAGCUUUGGUUCUCCACCGGGCGCGGUUACCAAUGUAACAGCUGCGGUCAUGGUGCUAUUAGCCCCUGGUGGCAAACUGCCCAAGGAUCGCUCCUGGAAGGCGGCCAAAAUUUCCAUGGCCAAAGUGGAUGCCUUUUUGGACGCGCUGAUUAACUAUGACAAGGAGAAUAUACAUCCGGAAAUUAUUAAAGCCAUUCAACCCUAUCUAAAGGAUCCCGAAUUUGAGCCUGAAUUUGUACGCUCCAAAUCUGGCGCUGCCGCGGGUCUCUGUGCCUGGGUCAUUAACAUUAUAAAGUUCUAUGAGGUCUACUGCGAUGUGGAGCCGAAGCGAAAGGCUCUGGCUGCUGCCAAUGCAGAGCUGGCAGCUGCACAGGACAAGCUGGCGGGCAUAAAACGCAAAGUGGCGAGUCUGGAGGAGCAGCUGGCCAACCUAACGGCGGACUUCGAGCAGGCCAUUGCGGACAAAUUGCGUUGUCAACAAGAAGCGGAUGCCACACAGGCAACCAUUGCGCUGGCCAAUCGCCUGGUCGGCGGUCUGGCCAGUGAGAAUGUGCGCUGGGCGGAGGCUGUCAAUAACUUCGUCAAACAGGGCAUUACAUUGCCCGGCGAUAUACUGCUCAUAACCGCCUUCAUUUCCUAUGUCGGCUGUUUUACGAAAGGUUUUCGCAUUGAUCUAAUGCAGAAGAUGUGGACACCCUUCCUCAAGAGCAUUGAUCCGCCCAUACCCAUUACCGAAAAUCUCGAUCCGCUGUCGCUGCUCACCGAUGACACGACCAUUGCCGUCUGGACAAACGAGGGCCUGCCCAGUGAUCGCAUGUCCAUUGAGAAUGCUACAAUAUUAUCGAACUCGGAUCGCUGGCCGCUCAUGAUAGAUCCUCAGCUGCAGGGCGUCAAGUGGAUAAGGCAGAAAUAUGGCGAGGAGCUGACGGUCAUACGGCUGGGUCAACGCAACUAUUUGGAUAUUAUCGAGAAAUCCAUUAAUACCGGCAUCACGGUGUUGAUCGAAAAUAUUGAUGAGAAUCUAGAUCCCGUUUUGGACUCUCUGCUCGGACGCAAUCUGAUCAAGAAGGGCAAAGCUAUCAAAAUUGGCGACAAGGAGAUCGAGUACAAUUCCACAUUCCGUUUGAUCCUGCACACGAAACUAGCUAAUCCGCACUAUAAGCCGGAGAUGCAAGCACAGACCACACUUAUUAAUUUCACUGUAACACGCGAUGGCUUGGAGGAUCAGCUGCUGGCGGAAGUUGUCAAGGCUGAGCGCCCGGAUUUGGAGGAUCUGAAAGCUGAGCUAACCAAGCAACAGAAUGAUUUUAAGAUAAUGUUAAAGAAACUGGAGGAUGAUCUGCUCUCGCGUCUGUCAUCAGCGGGUGAGAAUAUUUUAGGUGAUACCGCAUUGGUCGAGAAUCUGGAGACAACCAAAAGCACUGCCUCGGAUAUUGAGGAGAAGGUGGCUGAAGCGAAAAUCACAUCCAAGGAAAUUGAUAAGGCUCGAGAAUACUACAGACCAGCGGCAGCCCGAGCUAGUCUUUUAUACUUUAUACUCAACGAAUUGAACACAAUUAAUCCCAUCUAUCAGUUUUCACUGAAGGCUUUUAGCGUAGUGUUCCAAAAGGCCAUAGCCAAGGCUGAACCGAGCGAAACUUUGGAUUUGCGUGUCUCAAAUCUGAUCGAUUGCAUUACGUAUUCGGUCUUUCAGUAUACUUCGCGUGGUCUUUUCGAAUGCGACAAGCUCAUCUUUGCCUCGCAAAUGACUUUUCAGAUACUGCUGAUGAACGAGGAGGUCUCAUCCGCGGAACUGGACUUCCUACUCCGCUUCCCGAUCAAGCCACAUGUGACAAGUCCUGUGGAUUUUUUGAGUAAUCAAUCGUGGGGCGGAAUUUGCAGUCUAGCGUCCAAAGAUGAGUUUCGCAACUUGGAUCGGGACAUUGAGACAUCAUCGAAACGCUGGAAGAAGCUCGUCGAAUCGGAGCUGCCGGAGAAGGAGAAAUUCCCGCAAGAAUGGAAGAAUAAAACCGCGCUGCAACGCCUCUGCAUGAUCAGAGCCCUAAGACCCGAUCGGAUGACCUAUGCCUUAGCCGACUUUAUUGAGGAGAAACUCGGCCCGAAAUAUGUGGAGAGUCGCGCGAUGGAAUUUGCCAAGUCCUACGAGGAGGCUAGUCCGUCCACGCCCAUAUUUUUUAUACUGUCGCCGGGCGUGAAUCCCUUAAAAGAUGUCGAAGCUUUGGGCAAACAAAUGGGCUUCUCCAUGGAUCUGGGCAACUUUCACAAUGUGUCUCUGGGUCAGGGCCAGGAAUCGAUUGCGGAGACAGCAAUGGAUACGGCCGCCAAAAGUGGACAUUGGGUUGUCCUGCAGAAUAUACACUUGGUGCGCAAGUGGCUGCCCAUGCUGGAGAAGAAGUUGGAACACUAUGCCGAAGGGUCACAUCCGGAUUAUCGUAUGUUCCUUAGCGCAGAGCCAGCGUCCACGCCGUCGGCACAUAUUAUACCACAGGGCAUCUUGGAGUCGUCCAUAAAGAUCACCAAUGAGCCGCCAACGGGCAUGUUGGCCAAUCUGCAUAAGGCUUUGGACAAUUUCACGCAGGAAACCCUCGAGAUGUCCGGCAAGGAGGCAGAAUUUAAGGCCAUACUAUUCUCCCUGUGCUAUUUUCACGCUGUCGUUGCCGAACGACGCAAAUUUGGUCCACAGGGCUGGAACAAGAUCUAUCCUUUCAAUGUGGGCGACUUGAACAUCAGCGUCUCGGUGCUGUAUAACUAUUUGGAGGCCAAUGCCAAGGUGCCUUGGGAGGAUUUGCGUUAUCUAUUCGGUGAGAUUAUGUACGGUGGGCACAUAACCGAUGAUUGGGACAGACGCCUGUGCAUAACCUAUUUGGAGGAGUACAUGCAACCGGACCUGGUCGAUGGGGAGCUAUUCUUGGCGCCUUCGUUUCCCGCACCGCCCAACACAGACUAUCUGGGCUAUCACACCUAUGUGGAUGAAAUGAUGCCAGCCGAGUCGCCAUAUCUAUAUGGCCUGCAUCCUAAUGCAGAAGUGGGAUUUCUUACGACGCGAGCGGAGAAUAUUUUUCGCACCGUUUUCGAAAUGCAGCCACGGGAUGCGGGCGCCGGCAGCGGUGCGACAGUUACACGCGAGGACAAGGUCAAGCAAAUUGUGGAUGAGAUCAUAGAGAAGCUGCCGGAGGAGUUCAAUAUGGUGGAGAUCAUGAAUAAAGUGGAGGAACGUACGCCCUACGUGAUUGUGGCCUUUCAGGAAUGCGAACGCAUGAAUUUUCUGACCAGCGAAAUGAAACGCAGCUUGAAGGAGCUCGACCUGGGCUUAAAGGGUGAAUUGACCAUCACAUCGGACAUGGAGGUGCUGGAGAAUUCAUUGUUUCUGGAUCAAGUGCCGCCAAUAUGGACGCAACGUGCCUAUCCCUCGCUGCUGGGUCUCAACAAUUGGUUCAUCGAUUUGUGUCUGCGUUUGCGAGAGCUGGAAACAUGGUCCACCGAUUUUGUGCUACCCUCCUGCGUCUGGCUGGCGGGCUUCUUUAAUCCCCAAUCGCUGCUAACGGCCAUCAUGCAGAGCACGGCGCGUCGCAACGAGCUGCCGCUGGACAAGAUGUGCCUGCAGUGUGACGUGACCAAGAAGCAGAAGGAGGAAUUUACAACGGCACCGCGGGACGGCUGCUGUGUGCAUGGCAUCUAUAUGGAGGGCGCCAGAUGGGAUAUACAGCAGGGCAUUAUUAUGGAAUCACGUCUCAAAGAACUUUAUCCGCCAAUGCCAGUGAUCAAUAUUCGAGCAAUUACCCAAGACAAGCAGGACUUGAGGAACAUGUACGAAUGCCCCGUUUAUAAGACACGCACCCGCGGUCCAACCUAUGUGUGGACCUUUAACCUGAAGACCAAAGAUAAGCCAGGCAAAUGGACACUGGCGGGCGUUGCUCUACUUCUCCAGACUUAAGAUCAUUGACAGUCUUUGAGAAAAUUAUUUAAUUAUUGAGAAUCUAAUUGUAUUUUAUUAAUGUUGAGUAGCAUAUCAAAUUUUAUUCUUCCAUCUAGUCAAACUUUUUCAACAGAAAUUUAGUAGUAUCUUAAAUUAUUAACAUUUUAUGAACUUGAUAGUUUUUUUUUUGGAAAUUCCACGCUUUCUUAACUCUAAGCACAUUGUUUUUCGAAUAAACAUCACCUUCUGGUAGAUAUGCCUUAGGCGCACCAGCAUAAAACCCAAAAAAAAAGAAGAAAUGUUGUACUACUCUAAAUGGGGUAUCUUGGGUUUUUUGGGCGAUACUUAAUGCCACCAAAAAUAAUAU